ACUGUUAUGAGGACUACUAAAGGUCUUUAUAUUUAUCUAUGUGAUACGUGUGGGCAGCAAGCACUUCACGAACAAGGAGUUGUUGUUGCUUACGACCAUGAUAACCAGAAGUUCGCAAAAGUUGUCGCUGCUGUGUUCUCAUCGAAAAAUGUCAAAGUGCAUUUUAUUCUAAAAGCGUCUCCGUUAACUUCUUUUCUCGUAAAAAGAGACGACUACCUCUGCGGGGUCCAAAUCUCGGCUACGAGUGGGUAUAAAAUUUACAGUAGUGGUGGAGCUCAGAUUCUUCCAUGUAUUGAAAAACUGAUCCUUGAUAGAGUUGAUUCGACACCCUGGGAAGAGUCACUCGAUGAUACUGCUGACGGCAAUCUGUGUUCUGAUGAUGAUAUUGUGGUCUCCUAUACCGAUCAAAUCAGCAGAGAAUUAUGUC